AUGUCGGCAGCCUCCAGCACGGCCGCAGGUGAGGCGAACGAGGAAGCCACUACCCAGCGAACAACCUCCCCUCUGAACCAUGACACACCCCAUGUUCCCAUCCCAAGACGAGGUGUCGAUUACAGAGGGAAGAUCGUUCUGGCGCCCAUGGUCCGCUCCGGCGAACUUCCUUCACGUCUUCUUGCGCUCAAGUAUGGUGCUGACCUUGUCUGGGGCCCGGAGACAGUCGAUCGCUCAAUGAUUGGAUGCACCAAGAGGACAAACCCUAGAACAGGCUGUCUAGAAUGGUCACGGUCGGCCCACGAUCGGGAGACGGUCCUGUACCGCAUUGAUCCGUCCCGGGAAAGUGGCAGGCUCAUCUAUCAGAUCGGAACAAACUCGCCGGAACGCGCUGUAGAGGCCGCGAAACUCUUCGCCGAGCACGUCAGCGGCUUCGAUGUGAACGCCGGGUGUCCUAAGUCGUUCUCUACAGAUGGGGGCAUGGGCGCCGCCCUUCUUCGUACACCAGAUCUACUAGCCAGCAUUCUGAAAGCCCUUGUGGAAGAGGUGGGCAAACCACACGCAAUCGGAAUAUCGGUCAAGAUUCGUCUUCUUGAGACUCCUGAGCUCACGUCCGAUCUUGUCAACAAGCUUUGCAAGACCGGGAUCACAGGCCUGACUAUCCACUGCCGCACAACGCCCAUGAGGCCACGGGAACGAGCAAUCCGAGAACAAUUGAGGAUGAUUGGUGAUAUCUGCCGAAGUCAUGGAGUUGCCUGCCUCAUGAAUGGUGAUGUCGUUUCGCGCGAGGAGGGUGUGGCCCUGGCCAAGGAGUAUGGUGUAGACGGCGCCAUGAUUGCUACCGCAGCUGAAGCAAACUCGUCAGUCUUUCGCAAGGAAGCGGAUGGUGGUAAAGCACCGUGGCGAGAAGUUGUCCAAGAAUACUUGAAGCUCGCCCUGAGCGUGGAGAACAAGUACGGCAACACAAAGUUCUUACUGUCCCAACUUAUGCCGGGCAAGAACCCAGCGUAUCAGAAAUGUCAGAUGUCCAAAACCUACACCGAGCUUCUCGAGCACUUGGAGAUCAAAGAGGACGCUCUGGUCGCUCAAGCCAAAGAAGUGGACCACAUCUUGAACCUUGAUACCCCUAAGACGACAAAGCACGACAUAAAGAAGGAAAACAAAAGACGUAAUAAGGAACUCCAAGAAGCUGCAGCAGCGCGAAGACGGGAGGCAGACCGGAACAAGCAGACACCGAAACGCAAUCGAACCGCCAGCCCAGAUGGCAGCCGGAAGCGGAAAGCCGAGCUGGCCGCAGAGAAUGCAGGUUUCGAAGGCGAAGGACGAGGAGCACUGGCCGUAGCGGCUUGA